AUGCUGGGUUCCGAUUACCUUCAGGAUUCUCGUCUUGGAGUGCCGCUUCCCAUUCCCACGCCAGAGGGGAAUGAGGAGAAGGUGGUGCGCCCUUCUUGGUCAGAGCGGCAGGCAACUACCUGGAGUUUGCCUGUUUGCCCAGAGCUGACUCGAGAGCACAUUCCUAAAACCAGGGAUGUGGGUCACUUUUUGUCUGUUACUGGGACUGUCGUACGUACCAGUUUGGUGAAAGUUUUGGAGUUUGAGCGGAGUUACAUCUGCAAUAAGUGCAAGCAUGUGUUUGUCGUCAAGGCUGACUUUGAACAGUACUACGCGUUCUGUCGUCCAUCCGCCUGUCUUAAUGAAGAAGGCUGCAACUCAACCAAGUUCACGUGUCUCUCUGGAACAACCUCUUCUCCUACCUGCUGCAGAGACUAUCAAGAAAUCAAAAUUCAGGAACAGGUUCAAAGACUGUCUGUUGGAAGCAUCCCUCGUUGCAUGGUGGUUGUUCUGGAAGAUGACUUAGUGGACAGUUGCAAGUCUGGAGAUGACAUCACAGUGUAUGGAGUGGUAAUGCAGAGGUGGAAACCUUUCCAUGAGGAUGCACGCUGUAACUUGGAGCUUGUUUUGAAAGCAAACUAUGUUAAAGUAAACAAUGAGCAGCUAGCAGGGGUUGUAAUUGAUGAAGAAGUCCGCAAGGAAUUUGAAGACUUCUGGGAAAAGCAUAGGAAUGAUCCCUUAGCAGGGAGGAAUGAAAUUUUGGCUAGCUUAUGUCCUCAAAUUUUUGGAUUGUACCUGGUGAAGUUGGCUGUAGCCAUGGUGCUUGCUGGUGGUGUACAGAGGACUGAUGCUACUGGAACUCGAAUCAGAGGUGAAUCGCAUCUUUUGUUGGUUGGAGACCCAGGUACGGGGAAAUCUCAGUUUCUCAAGUAUGCGGUAAAGAUUAUACCACGGUCUGUGCUUACUGCAGGAAUUGGAUCUACAAGUGCAGGUUUGACAGUGACUGCUGUGAAGGACUUUGGGGAAUGGAACUUGGAAGCUGGAGCACUCGUGCUUGCAGAUGGAGGCCUUUGUUGCAUUGACGAGUUCAAUAGUAUUAAAGAACAUGACAGAACCAGUAUCCAUGAAGCAAUGGAGCAACAAACCAUCAGUGUUGCAAAAGCAGGCUUGGUGUGCAAGCUUAAUACAAGGACAACUAUCCUGGCAGCAACAAACCCAAAAGGCCAUUAUGACCCUAAUGAGUCUGUCUCUGUCAACAUAGCUCUUGGCAGUCCCUUGUUGAGCAGAUUUGACCUGGUCUUAGUUUUGUUAGAUACAAAGAAUGAGGAAUGGGACCGCAUCAUUUCAUCCUUCAUCUUGCAAAAUAAAGGUUGCCCAAGCAAAUCAGAAAAGCUGUGGAGCAUGGAAAAGAUGAAAACCUACUUCUGCCUUAUAAAAAGUAUACAGCCAAAAUUGUCUGAUGAGAGCAACCUGAUCCUUGUACGCUACUAUCAAAUGCAGCGUCAGAGUGACUGCAGAAAUGCUGCCCGAACUACCAUUCGCUUAUUAGAGAGUUUGAUACGCCUUGCAGAAGCUCAUGCCCGGUUGAUGUUUAGGGAUACUGUGACUUUGGAAGAUGCUGUAACUGUGGUGUCGGUGAUGGAAUCUUCUAUGCAGGGGGGUGCACUUCUCGGUGGCGUCAAUGCCUUACACAGCUCAUUUCCAGAAAAUCCAAUGGCACAGUACCGAACACAGUGUGAACUCAUAUUGGAGCGACUGGAGCUGCAAGAUCUUCUGCACAAAGAGCUACAAAGACUUGACAGAUUACAAAAGGAAAAUUCAUGCCAGCUGCAGCCUGAAGAGACAAGUUUCAGCAGUACUACAAGAUGCUUGAACAAGGAUACAUUUGGGCAGUCAAAGCAAAUGUCUCAGUCAGAACCUUCAAAUCAACAAGAGAGUAACUCCAGGCCACAGCCUUCUUUGCCCGAAGGCCACUGUGAAGGGGAGGUACACCUAGAACCCUUAUGCAAACCGGCACAUGGUAAUAACAAAAAUACAAACCACUUGAUUAAACAUAGUAAGAGAGGUGAUGAUGGCAGCCUGGCAUGGUUUGACAGCCUGGAAGAGAGCAACACUGAUGCUGAAGAAACUUUUCAGAAAAAGUCUCCAGUGCCCGAGAUACCUCCAAAUAACUUGGCUUCAGAAACCCUGUGUAAAACAUCCUGUUCUGAAGAAAGAAGUGCUUCAAUACCAAGGAAGGGAAAUGGAAUGAGAGAGUCGCUAGCAACUGUGAAUCUACAUGCUCCUUUGGAACGGGACAAAGUUUCCAAGAUAAGCAGGAAAAGGACUGAAGAACACAGUCUUUCUUCAGAAGCAAAUAUUCAAGACCCAGCAUCACCAAGUGCUAGUGUGCAGGAUUCAGUUGUUACACAACGGGUUUCUAAAAGCUGGCAGAGACUGCACACGGAGAAAUCACAUGGAUUCUUUACAAGUACGCAGGACCCCAAGGCAAAGGCCCUUCCUUCAGUAUUACCUGCAUCUGGCCUGCCAGAUCUUUCAAGUGAUGCAGAUUCUGUGCUAGGGGAGGAAAAGAACAGCCUAUCUGUAGCAGCAAAAACUGCAACCAUUUCCAUGAGAAAACGAAGUAAAGGUCAAGUAGUGAAGGAAGCAAAGGUAGUAAGUUCCCAUGAGCCAGAAAUCCUUGACAGUGAAAGUCCUCCAGCAGCUAAACUAGCUAAAUUUUCCUUCAGACCAAGAACAAAACUUGGUCAUUCGUCAGAGAAGAAAAAUGAAGAAUUUUCUCUUUUUCAGAGUGAGACUAUUUUUAAGCCUGGAGGGCGGCUCCAGGGAGAGCAGCUGCCAGAAGAAUGCUGCCCCCCUGAGAAAUCCAAGAUGUCAUUGACUCGCUUAGGAAAAAAUAGUUUGGAAAAACGAUCAAUUGAUAAUAAAGAGAGAGGAGAGCAACUCAGUUUUGAUGCCAUGUCAUCUCCACCCACUGAAAAGAAAAGGGAGGGAGAGGAGAAGCUUUGUGGCCCAAGCACAGGGAAGGUGCGCUCCAGCACAUUAGCCAAACUGUCGACGUUCUCCUUUGCAUCACGUCCCGAGUCAAAAUUGGAAACCUCACCUACCAUUAAGAUUGACACUAACAAGGAAAGCCAUAGCCCAUCGCUGAAGGUGCGUGUGAGCAAUCCUAGCAGAAGGAAGAGUUUCGCGUUGGGUAAUGCUAGUAAAGCCAGUGUGGUCCCACAGAAAUCUCUCUUUUCAAUAGCGGAGCUAGAUGAUGCUACAUUAGAUUUUGAUUGGGAUGAAGAGGUUAGGAAAAAUCCAAGCACGUAA